AUGCCUCUCCUUGGCUCUUAUCUGCUCUUCUUCUGUGCGGCGGUGCUCACGCUGGUAGCGGGCUGGGAUAUCAACAAUGUGAAAGAUCGCCAGAAAUGUCAGGCGCUGACCAAGAAUCCGCUGGAUGGCUGUGAUUCCAGUCCGGGGCGGACACUAUACGUGAAUGCUGCGGGUAAGAAGUCGCACUUUAAGAGUGUGCAGUCUGCUGUUGAGUCGUUGCCGGACAACACUGAAACGUAUACGAUCCUGAUAGCGCCAGGGAAAUACACUGAGCAGGUCAACGUAACUCGUCCCGGCCCAACUUACCUCCUAGGCCAAACCUCUCACCCACUCUCCCAAGCCAGUAACACCGUGACCCUUGUCUGGGAAGCCAGCGCCUCGCCAGGCAUCGACAAUGCGUUCACCAGCACGCUGACGAUAGCGCCGAACCUGAACGCGAGUCUGACGGGCGCGGGACCGACGGGGUUCCCCGAGCGGGAAGACAACCCGUUCGGGUGUGUGGAUUUCAGGACGUACAAUCUGGACGUCGUGAAUGACGCGCCGGACAAUGGGGUUCCUUCAUUGGCGUUGGGCAUCAGCUACGCCAAUGGCGGAUUCUACUACACGGGUUUCUACAGCUACCAAGAUACCAUCUACGUCGGCAAACUUGGCAAUGCGUAUAUCGCUAAAAGCGAGAUCGCUGGAAAGACCGGGACACGUGCAGACUUCCUCUACGGCUUCGGCACCUGCUGGAUCACCGACUCGGCUUUGAGACUCCGCUCUUGCGGCGGCGGCAUCGCGGCCUGGAAAGGCACCAACACGACGGCGUUCGAGAACAAGUACGGCGUGUACGUCGUCGACUCCGACGUCCGCGCGGCGAGCUCCUCGCUCAAUAUCAAGGGAAAAUGUGCACUCGGACGGCCUUGGAAUACCGAGCAGCGCGCCAUAUUCGCCAACACGUAUCUCGAUGAUAGCAUUCUGAGCACGGGAUUCAUCGACUGGAAGCCCUCACGGUAUGAUAGCCACCGGACUCUGCAGGCGGAGUAUAAGAAUUAUGGGCCGGGGUAUGAUGCUCAGGGCAGGAGCAAGGCGCAGUUUGGGGUGCAGUUGACGGAGGAGCAGUGGGCGGAGUAUAGCAGUCCCCAGAAGGUGUUCCAGACGAGGGAGGGGAAGUUUGGGAAUGUUGACUGGAUUGAUUCGGGGUUUGAAUAA